UGCAAAACAUCGGGCCCGACACGAGCACCAACUCACCUGUGGUUAUUAUCAUUUCUGCGCCUGCUUCUAAGCAUUCCUCGCACUAGUCUCUCGAUAUAUAUCCGCUCCGCGUCUUUCCAAGCUAUUCAGGAGGUUCAGCAUUGUUGUCUCGAGCUUUUAUUUUCUUCUCUUCUGCUGCUCUCUCUCUUGAUUUUUCUUUCCUCCCAUUCUGUAUUAGAUUUUCGAGGGAGAGAAGGGGUGCGGUGCGAUCGGAGUUGUUGUGUGAAAAUAUUUGUGGCGUUUGCUGGAGGUUCAGUUUUGAGAAAUUUGGUACGCCUUUGCGUGGGGAUGGCGGGACAGGAUUGCUAUGCGUAGGGUUGGUGUGAGCUUGAGUUGAGUGUGUGGUUGUGCACAUAGCGUAGUGCAUGCAAGUAUUGUUUUUUUGAACAUAGGUGGAAGUCAUAUUUGGUUUGUGUUGGAGAUCAACAACUGUUGAUCCGAUCUUGAGAGAUUUUCCCCCCUGAGAAAAUAUUUGCCGAAAAAAACGGAAAUUGUUCGUGGUGUGAAGUUAGAGCGGGUUGGGAGAUUUUGACAUUGGAGUGUCGAGGGCUUAUUUCUUGUCUAGAGAGACUGUCGACUUUGUGUGAAACACAAGUUUGUUGUUGAAAGAGUUUGUAAGAUUUUGUUGGAAAAGUUUACUCUAAACUGUGAAUGAAAUAGCCAUUUUAAAAAAAGAUAAAAUGGCCCACGCUAUGUGCGGAAAUUACAUCUUGACAAAUAGCUUUAUAGGUCGCAGUGUGCUCACUGAUAAUUCGCAAUCCGAAUCCUCUCCUAGUGACAGCGUAGAAGUGAUGCGCACGCGAGUGCGGAAACCAGCGUCAGUCGUUCUUUGCCUUCAGAGGCAGCAUUUCGAUGGACAUGCUGCUCAAUCAACAUCAGGGCCUCUCUCUGCUAGUUCUGCGUCUCCAUUUCCAGAUGAAUGGUGGAGGAAGCAUUCAAGCACUUCUGGCGUCUCUAUGGCUGAGCUGAGAGUUAGUCAAUUUGCUGAGAUGGAGACUAUGUUUCCGGAGCACAGAUCGAUUCUUGAUUGGCAGAACACAGCAGAAGAAUGGAUAGAGCACUCGACGCACGAGACGCCAACGAGCAGAGGUGUUUGUGGCGGUGUGCCCGUGUUCGUGAUGCUCCCCUUGGACAGUGUGAACAUGAACAAUACGUUGAACAGGCGCCGUGCCAUGAACGCAUCUUUGUUGGCUUUAAAAUCUGCUGGCGUGGAGGGGAUUAUGAUGGAUGUCUGGUGGGGGAUCGUUGAGAAGGAUGGUCCUCAUCAGUACAAUUGGUCUGCAUAUCGGGAGUUGAUUGAUAUGGUGAGGAAUCACGGUUUGAAGGUGCAAGCAGUGAUGUCCUUCCACCAGUGCGGUGGCAACGUUGGUGAUAGUUGCAACGUGCCUCUUCCUCCCUGGGUUUUGGAGGAAGUGCGGAAGAAUCCAGACUUGGCCUACACCGACAGGGUGGGCAGACGCAAUGCUGAGUAUAUUUCCUUGGGAGCAGACAACGUACCCGCUUUGCAGGGUAGAACACCUGUUCAAUGCUACGCGGAUUUCAUGAGGAGCUUUAGGGAUAAUUUCAAAGAUCUCCUCGGAGAUGUCAUCAUCGAAAUACAAUGCGGAAUGGGGCCAGCGGGUGAGCUUCGAUAUCCUUCGUAUCCGGAGAGUGAGGGUAGGUGGCGUUUUCCAGGCAUUGGCGAGUUUCAGUCUUACGACAAAUACAUGAUUGCGAGCUUGAAAGCAAGUGCCCACGCAGUGGGAAAGCCCGCAUGGGGUUCUGGUGGUCCUCAUGAUUCUGGCAGUUACAAUCAGUGGCCCGAAGAAACAGGAUUUUUUAAAAAGGAUGGUACAUGGUCAACAGAAUAUGGGCAGUUUUUCAUGGAGUGGUAUUCUGAAAUGCUUUUGGCACACGGUGAACGCAUUUUGUCAGAGGCCACAGGGAUUUUCAGAGGCACCGGUGCUGUUAUUUCAGGCAAAGUCGCAGGUAUUCAUUGGCACUACGGUACAAGAAGCCAUGCCGCAGAGCUGACCGCUGGGUACUAUAACACUAGGUCGAGGGAUGGAUAUUUGCCCAUUGCCCAGAUGUUCGCGAAGUACGGCGUUACCCUCAACUUCACAUGCAUUGAAAUGCGAGACUUCGAACAACCAGCACAUGCCUUAUGCAGCCCAGAAGGAUUGGUGAGACAAGUGGCAUUGGCAACUCGGAAAACAGGAAUUCCAAUGGCUGGUGAGAACGCUCUUCCCAGAUUCGACAGUUCGGCGCAUGAACAGAUAGUCCGCAAAUCAAGGUUGCAAAUGAACGAGAAAGGCGACUGUCAAGAACAUUAUGAACCGAUGUCUGCUUUCACUUUCUUAAGAAUGUGCGAGAGCUUAUUCCACAGCGAAAAUUGGAGAUUGUUCGUUCCAUUCGUGCGCCACAUGGAAGAAGGACGUACGUUCCAGCCUUGGGAGGAAGAGUCUCAUAGAACACAGAAUGACAUGCAUGCCACUCAGCCUCUCGUUCAAGAAGCAGCCUCAUUGAUGUAUCAUUAAUUUGAUUAACAUAUCGUGAAUUUUGGAGGCUAACAAUUUGCCUCGCCUUUUGCUUGUUACAUAACCUUAUACAUAUUUGUAGUCAUACAAUACAUUUAGUCUCGGAUUAGAGGACUUCGCCGUGGAGGCACAAGAGCAUUUUGUCCUGUUCAACAGUAAGGGUAGAUCAUCAGAGUAAAAUUAUUUCUUUGGUCUGUCUCAUUAGAUUUGUAGACAGCGAACGAGGGCAAUAGUCUGGAGUAUGCAUGUAUCAUAAUGUAGGGAAAGUAGUCAGUAUUCCAGAGUAGUGUGUACCCCUCAGCCCUUAAGCUUCUCACUCUGACGAUCGUAGCAGAUCGGGAGUGGAUAGUUGCUUCUGCGGACCUUCUCCACAGAAGCCAGGGUUCAUCCCGAAAAUUGAAAUGAAAGUAACCAUUUUUCUCCACUUCA